AUGGCAGCUCUAGUGUCGGCAUUAUUCGCAUGCGUUUCUUGGAAUCUGGAUGUUUUUGAGCCACAUAAACAUGUCAACAAGGAGGAGAUCGGGGUGUAUCAGAUUGCAGAUGGUCUGAAAGAGCCAAGUCACCUCUCUUUGAUACCAUCGCAAAUGCUCAUACCUAACGGCAGCAUGCCCAUCCACGCAGCACACACGCUUGGCCUACCACAUAAAGGCACACUUCAUUGCAUUGAUGGCAAAAUACUUGUUUUGAAACGAGCUUCUACGCUGAAAACUUGUCCUGAAAAAUGGGGAUUUGUAGGUGAGCACCAGAAGGAGGGGGAAGAUCCAAAGACGUUGGUGGACAGAGCACUGGUGGAAGAGUUGGGAACAACUUUUCGCGACAAAAUCAAGAAACACACUAACAUCACAUCAAAUCCUAUUUGGUAUUUCCGACAAUACGAAGAUGGACGUAGAGACCGGCAACUUACUUGGAUGUGGCUUGUACAGCUUAAUGAAGAAGCAAGUCGCUUGACCAUCUAUCCAGAUGCUGAAGUAGAAAGAUAUAAGUGGGUUCCAAUCAAGGAGCUGAUGCAUUGGCUAGAAACAAAAGAGUCGGACUUUUGCCAUGAGACAGUUACAAGCUUGAUGAGAUUUGGUUUGGGCCGUUUAUCCGAGGUAGUGCAGACAUAA